GCAAACAACCGGAAAAGGACGAGGUCAAACAGCAAGCGAAGAGAACACGACUGUCAAAAUCAAGUUGCAGCUGUUACGGAUUAAUCGCCGAGUACUGAUUAUUGUGCGAAGAUACAGAAAUUAAGUAUCGUGUGCUUCGUUAUAGUGACAAAAUGUUUCGCACUUCGACGAAUUUUGAUAAAUUGCUGGAUAAGGCGACGAGCCAUUUGCAGUUGGAACCAGAUUGGCCUACAAUUAUGCAAAUUUGUGAUCUUAUACGUCAAAGUGAUGUUCAGCCAAAAACUGCACUCACUGCUAUAAAGAAGAAGAUGAUAAACAGUAAUCCACAUGUAGCUCUAUAUGCUUUAUUGGUAUUGGAAUCUUGUGUAAAAAAUUGUGGAACAUUGAUUCAUGAUGAGAUAGCUACCAAACAAUAUAUGGAACAAUUAAAAGAAUUAGUUAAAACUUCCCCUCAUGAAAAUGUUAGAAUGAAGACAUUAGAGCUAAUACAAGCUUGGGCUCAUGCAUUUCGUCAUAGUCCCAAAUAUAGGACAGUUCAGGAUACAGUAAACAUAAUGAAAACUGAGGGAUAUCAAUUUCCCGCUUUAAAAGAAAGUGAUGCUAUGUUUAGAGCAGAUACUGCACCUGCUUGGGCAGAUGGUGAAGUGUGUCAUAGAUGUCGCGUAACUUUCAGCAUGGUUCAACGAAAACAUCACUGCAGAGCUUGUGGUCAAGUCUUUUGUCACCAGUGUUCCAGUAAAGUUUCUACUCUUCCGAAAUUUGGAAUUGAAAAAGAAGUGCGAGUUUGUGAAGCUUGCUAUGAGCAUGUUAACAAUACAUUACAAUUUUUCAGACCAUCUACAACGCAAACUAAAGAUACAGACCUUCCAGCUGAAUAUCUUAAAAGCACUUUGGCGCAGCAGCAGCAGGUCCCAACUCGAAAAACGGAAGAAGAACUAAGAGAGGAAGAAGAACUGAAUCUAGCAAUAGCUUUGAGUCAAAGUGAAGCUGAACAGAAAGAAAAGGAGAAAAAACGUGCUACAAGUGCUUUAAAAUCCAAUCCUACUCCCGUAUCUAGAACGGUGUAUUCACCACCACCAUCACCUGGUCCUAGCCCGUUACGAGUACAAGAAGACGAUGAGUUUGAACCCGAACUUGCUAAAUAUCUGAACCGCAAAUAUUGGGAACAAAGACAAACUGUAAGCGAGGAGCAUGGAACAAGAACAGAUGUGACCAGUCCAUCUGCACCUAACAUAAGCAGUCCGAUGCCCCAAAAAAUCAUACUUGUAAAACAGGAAAAUGGCGAAAUUGAUACUCAGAUGGAAGAAUUCGUAAGUGGUCUACGAUCUCAGGUUGAAAUUUUUGUUAAUAGGAUGAAAAGUAAUUCGUCAAGAGGAAGAUCAAUUGCUAAUGACAGCUCGGUUCAAACCUUAUUUAUGAAUAUAACAGCCAUGCAUUCCAGAUUAUUGAGAUAUAUUCAAGAACAAGAUGAUAAUAGAGUGUAUUACGAAGGCUUGCAAGAUAAAUUAACUCAGAUAAAAGACGCCAGAGCUGCUCUAGAUGCGCUUCGGGAAGAACAUAAAGAGAAGUUACGCAGGAGAGCAGAAGAAGCUGAAAGACAGCGGCAGAUGCUAAUGGCGCAAAAACUGGCGAUUAUGCGAAAGAAGAAACAAGAAUAUUUGCAAUAUCAACGCCAGUUAGCUUUACGAAAGAUUCAGGAACAAGAGAGAGAAAUGCAAAUGCGUCAAGAGCAACAGAAACAGCAAUAUAUAAUGGGCGGUUAUCAAGCAGUUCCCGAUUUUAUGGGACCUUCUCAAGGAUCGCCUGUUCGCCAUGUGCAUUAUCCGACUCCGGGAGCUAAUUAUAAUCCCAUGUCGCCGACAAAUCAAGGAGUUUAUAUGUACGGCCAACCACCUAUGAAUCAAUACACCAUGCAAGGUUACAACAUGCCGCCGAUGAACACUUUGCCGGUGCACAUGAUGCCGCCGCUUUCUAAUCCGGAGCAACCGUCGUCAGAUCCAUCCGUCCAAGGACAGGAGAAUAUAGGACGCAUGCCUAUAUCAGGACCGGCGAUGAUGCCGCCUCAGAUGACACCGCCUAUUCAGCAACUUCAACCAUCGAGCAACCAUCAGAUAGGACCUCAGCAAGGCGCUCCGGUGCACGUGCCACCAGGACAAGCUUCGGCGGGCCGGCAUAUACCACCUCAGCAAGGCGUCUCGUCUCCGAUGCCGCAGCAAGCACCACCUCCUACUCAAAUAGGAUUGCCUCCGAUACCUCAAGGUCACCUGACCCCUUCGUCUGGCUCGGUGGCUCCGGGAGGUCACGUACCCACCGUGGUGGGUCUGCCUCCGCAGAUGGGGUCGCAGCAACCGUCAACAAUGCCCGGUGCCCAAGGAACUUCGAUGCCAUCACACGUUUCCAGUGUUACUAUUGCAUCCCAACCUUCGGGUGUCAUUCAAGUGCCUGCCGGGGCUUGCAGUGGACCCGUUCCUGCAGCAAAUCAAGGAUUACCCGGCCCUCAACCGUCCGGUGUGCCGGCAAUGCAAGGAAUAACUCAAAUUUCAGGGGCGCAAUCAAUGCCGUUUCAAUCUGUGCCUGCAAUACCAACUACAGCCAGCGAAACUCCGCAAGAAACGGAAGAUGUCAAGCCUAGGACGGCAGAAUUAAUCUCUUUCGACUAAAUAAACCGAAUAUUACGUAUGCAUUUAAGGUAACAGAAAAAAAGAUAUUAUUUUACGUUUGUUUUUAAAUUGAAAGAUUGAGAUAUCGACAUUGCAAUAUUAAAAUAUGAUUGCUUAUUUUAUCGAAUUAUUGUAGUAUAUACAUACGAAGUAUGACUACAUAUAAAGAUUACAUUAGCAGGAUACGAUAACGCAAAAUAUGUGUGAACCUGCUACGUAUUAAUUUUAUAUACAUUGUGCAAUUUACGACACUAAAAUAAAAAGUUGUCUUGCUAUAUCGUUCCUUAAAAAAAUUGUUUAUGACAUACAUCCAUACGCAUGUACAGGAUAUGUUCUAACCUAUAAAACAAAUAAAAAUAUGAUUUCUAAUGUAA